AUGGCAUCAGACUGCGAACCGGAUGGUUCGAUAAAGGGAAACUUGUUGAUUCUCAAAUUUUCUCCAUUAUUCGCCCUUCCAUUUUUCAUUUUUGCUGGCAAAUUCGUCUCCCUCCUAUUCCUAUCAGCAGGAAUUGCUCCAAUUCUCCACACCCCAUCAUGGGGUUUUCAGUCAACCGGUUUCCUUCAAAUUUUCGAUGUUCUAAACCCAAUGUGGUCCAUCAUCGGUACAAUGUACUGUCAUUUGAUCAUGUUAUUCUUCUUGAUCCAAGUCAUCAAUACUCGUUGUGAAGUUAUCGAAAAGUUGUCUGCAGUAGCUUUUGAAGAAGAGAAGAAAAUGUUCUUUUUGCUAAGAACUCUUUUGAAAAUUCUCUAUUUUUUCAUCCUUUUCUCCUUUUGGUGUCUUCUUCUAACCCUUGGAUUCGGAGAAGGCAUUGUGCAAAAACGACUGAGAGACGCAGUGGAGAAGACAAAAAUCAAGGUCAACUGUACCACUUUCUUUUUCCUCGACACAGAAUCUUGGCGUCUUAUCAUCGCUAUCAUUUCCAUCGUAUUUCUGCUCAUGACCUUUAUCAUAUUCUCAAUUGGAUACUUAUCAGGAGCUUAUCAUAUCCUCAAAAAAUCCAAAAUGAAGAUAUCCAAAAAGUUCUGGAAGAUACAAACUGGAUUUCUAUCGCUUUUGGUCAUUCAAGUCAUUCUUCUUUUUUGCUUCCUUUUGUUCCUACCAGUUUGCUUUUUGGCCCUCAAAUCGCCAGGCUCGGAAUCUACUUCACUGACAAUUCUACUAUUCACUGCUCAUCAUGGAACCAUCUCCACUAUCAUUUUCAUCAUAGCCCAUCGAUUUGUGAGAUCCAGAAUUUUAAGAGUUUACAAUAACUGUGUUCCGAAAUCCCGUCGAAUUGGAGUAAUCGUUGAUGCAGACCGUCUCGACACUCAUUCCGUGCCACAAACUCAAGUUUUUGCAGUGAUAACUGAAGAUACUACUGUAUGA